GACGCCGCGCCGCGCGCCGGGCCAGGCGAAAGAUCGGCAAGCGGCAACGCGCCGGUUGCAACGGGCCGGGGAAUCGGAGCCUGCCUGCAGUGGCCGUGUUGACGGGCGACGAUCGGCGGUGGGGGCUACGAGGGUAUAAGACCGAUCUAUGGGUCGCCACACAGCCAGUCAAAAGCCAGGUGCAAAGGCUCUAGUCGCGCGCGCGUGCGAGAGAGAUAGUAUCGAUAAAAACCGCGUGCCAUUCGUGAUUCGGUGCAAGAUUUUCCCAAAGCACGCUUAAAUCGAGGCAAAUUAUUAAUUAGACUCACCCGAACGAUGUUGUAGAAAAAGAAAAAAGAGAGAAAUACAUACCUGUAAUUUGAAACCGGUAUAGUUAUUCUAGUCUUUUAUUUAUAAACGAUUUUUAACAAUCGGUAUAUUAACUCGCGUUAUAUAGGACCGAGAAGAAAUCUUUAUUUCAAUCGGGUAUAUAUAUAUAUAUAUAUAUGUAUAUGUAUAUACACGAGUUCAACGAACAAAUAACUACAACACGAAACUGUCGAGUAGAAGGGUGAAAGGAGAAAGAAAAAAAUUUGCUUCGAGGAACGUCGUGGAUAGUCAAAUACGCACAGAGCACGUUGAAAAUUUACCCCUUCCCGUCUGUCCUGUCCCACAAAAAAAAAAAAAAAGAACGAAACAAACGUCCAGUGAUCGGGUACUGUAAAGAAUAAGAAGAAAAACAAGCAUAAAACUUAAGUGUGAUCAUAACGCGAUUAUACUGAAAUAGUGAUUUGUAUACGAAUUUACUAUAGACGUAACGUUUUGGAGUGGGAUAGCGAAUUACAUACCCAAGCGCAGGUGCACAACUGCACAGUAGCAGCGAGUGACAAAAGUGAAUUUGUAUCUUCUACUGUGAAGGUACAUAGCACUGUGAACUUUUGAGAUAUAGCAUCGAUCAAGCAAAAGAACCAAAAUGUCGCAGAUACAAAUCAAAAUCGAAGAAGUUGAGAACGAAAACAACCAAGACCACGCUGCCGAAAACGUUGGCGAAAUCGCGGUGAACCCCUCAUGGCACAUCCCAAGACCGUCUUUAGUCGGACGUAGCGAGAGAGGAAGUGAAAACGGAAGUUGGGGACAUCUUCACACCGCGACGUCGAACUCCUCGUCGAGAGGCUCCACCUCGUCGCAGGGCUCAACGGCCAGCACACACAGCGCGGCGUCAGGUACUCUGCUUUUGACAGCAGCUAAUUUGGCGACACUAGCAGCACUCUAUCCGCCGACUGUGACCUCGCCAAAACCUAUUGACACAGCAUCCGUAGCCAGUAGCACACAUUUUACAGUCGUAAACGGUCUCGGUAGGCCCACAAAGGUUUACAAAAAGUCAUGGUGCGCGAGAAACCAAUUGACCGUACUCAUUUGCACCAUGAGCUUUUUGUUCAUGGUUGGACUACUCGCCGGGGUUCUUUAUAUGGAAAUGAGGGCUCGCGACAAGUACAAUUAAACGCGAGCGCAUCAUCAUAAUAUAAACACUGAAGAAGAAGAAGAAACAGAAGAAGAAGAAAAAAAAGAAGAAGAAGAAUGGAUUAUAAUAUAUUGAUACGGUAUUUGAAAUGAAAUUAAUCGAACGACAUAAUGAAUUGAGAAUUGCUAAUUGACACCGAAAACAAGCAAGAAUCCGAAUAAGAACGAAUUUCAAUGAAUUCAAAAUUAUGUAUAGUAGAAUAUUAGUUCAAUAACGUAUAGUAUAUUAUCAAUCUAUAUAAUAUGAUAGAUUUAAGGCUGUAUUGCACUUUGUUGAAUGUGUGGUACGUGAAAUUAGUAAUUACAUUUAUGUAAUGAGCGCGCUGUGUGCCGUGUACUUUAAUAAGGCCUUUUAGAUUCGUAAUAAUUUAUAAAUGAAGAAUAAAAUGAGGAAAAAAAAUUUUUGUAAAAAGAAAAAAACUGCAAAAAAACAAGCAAAACCAAUCACUGAAACCAACCGACAAAGGAAAAUAUAACAAAAUUGAGAAAUAAAACGCAAGCAAGCCAUUGUUUGCAAACCGGCUUGAAUGAACGAAUAUUGAAUAUAUGAUAUGUAUAAUCAAAUUAACAACAUUAUUUAUUUUCUUUCGAUAAAAAGAAAAACGAAAAAAAAAACAAGAAAAAAAAUCAUACAAGUAUAUACUAUAACAGCGGUUCCAGGAUAGUUUAGCAAACAUUUAUAUAAACCAUAUAUAAACCUACCCGUUCAGAAAGCUUUUGAUAAAGGUAAAAUUAAAUAUACUUUCGCGUCAUUGAACGUUCCAUAGAUUUCCCUGACGUUCGAGUAUAAGAAAUUAUAUCUACGAGAUGAAAAAUGGAAAAGAAAAAUAAACAAAAAAUAGUAAUAGUAAUAAUAAUAGUAAUAAUAAUAAUUAUAAUGAUAGAACGCAGAUGCAGCUUGAAUACAUCAUAAUUAAGGUCCUUUAAUUAGAUAUGUAAUUUAGAGUUAAUAAUUUAAUUGUUACUAACUUUUUACAAAGUCUAAAUCAAACUUGGAGGAGAACUCUCGAACCGACAUGUGAAGGCAGCGUGCGAGAUAAUUUAAAAACAAAGUAUAAAAAAAAAACGUGGAAUUUCAUUGAUCGAUAAUUGAUAAAGGAUGGUUGCAUCAUCAUUCUUUGUAUCUGUGAUAUUACUUGUGUAUUAAUUAAUCAUCGAUUGAAAAAGAAACUCUCGAAUUAUUA